CGACCCUGAUGGGGCACAUCCGGCAGCUAUGAGGCGGCUAGAGGCUGUGCCCACUGCGGGUCCACCGCAGACACACGCAGACGCGAGGUGGGCGCUGGCGUCUCGGCUGUCCACACACAGCAGGAAUCAUGCUGAGCGCAACACCCAGCAAGCUGCGGCGAUUUUGUGCUUUGGUGCUGUUGGUUGUGAAUCUGUCAAAAGUCACAUGCUCGGAUCAGAAGACUAACAUCCGGGAGGCGGAGAGGCAGGUGAUGGAGCACGUCCUGAGCCCGAGCCGCUACGACGCGCGGCUGCGGCCCCCGGGAUACAACGGCACAGAGAGUCCCACUGUGGUAAAAGUUAACAUCUUUGUACGCUCCAUCAGCAGAAUAGAUGAUCAGCAUAUGGAAUAUGACGCGCAGUUGACGUUCAGAGAGCAGUGGUUUGACGACAGGCUCAAGUUUGACGAUUUUGGAGGUAAAAUCAAAUAUCUAACACUGACAGAUCCCAGCAGAAUAUGGAUGCCAGAUUUAUUUUUUAGCAACGAGAAGAAAGCACACUUUCACGAUGUAGUAAUGCCUAAUGUCUAUGUACGAAUAUUUCCUCUUGGGUCCGUUCUCUACAGUACCAGAAUCUCAAUGACACUCUCGUGUCCCAUGGACCUGAGGCUGUACCCACACGAUCGACAGGUGUGCUCCAUCAGGAUGGCCAGCUAUGGUUGGACGACUGAAGACCUGGUGUUCAAGUGGAAAGACGGCGACCCGGUGCAGGUGGUCAAGAACCUGCGCCUUCCACGCUUCACGCUAGAGAAGUUCGUUACUGAUUACUGCCAUGCCAGGACAAACACAGGCGAGUACAGCUGCCUUAAAGUGGAACUGGUGUUUAAACGCGAGUUCCGCUACUACAUGGUGCACAUCUACAUUCCGACUUUCAUGCUGGUGAUAGUGUCGUGGCUAUCGUUCUGGCUGGAUCAGAGAGCCAUCACGGCACGGACGUGCCUGGUGGUCACCACGGUGCUCACCAUCACCAUCCAGACCUCGGGCGUCAGAGCGUCGCUGCCCGUCGUCAACUACGUCAUGGCCGUCGAAGUGUGGCUCGGGAUGUGCGUCUCGUUCGUGUUCGGCGCACUGCUGCAGCUGGCGCUGGUCAACUACCUGGCCCGCAGCGAGGCGUGCCGAAGCGCCGCCAAGCGGCACAACCGCCUCGUCGGCCCGGAGCACUCCGCACAGCUGGAGGAGAUCAGCGAGGCUCUCGUCGAGGACGGCAGCGCGGCAUUCGCUAUGAAGCUGCUGGAGGAGCAGUCCAACAGCCCCACGGCUGACAAGGAGGCGGCGGCCCAGGGCGGAAGGUGCUCGCCGCGGCAGUGGUGGCGCGCCUGGAUGGCCAGCUUCCCCACGGGCUCGCAGCGCGCCGAUGCCGCAUCGCGCGUCCUUUUCCCUCUCGCCUUCUCCCUGUUCUGCCUCGUCUACUGGUGCGUCAACGCCUCCGGAUAACAGCAACACCAGUUGCUCGGCAGUGUCCUACGAUGGUAGUGGAAGUAACCCUCCACACAUAUUUGCAGAUGCACAAGCAUUUAUAUCUAUUAUAGAAUGAAAAAUAAGUAUUAAAGUACUGUAUAAUUCUCUAUUCAUCAUUACUCUUACUGUAUCGACAUUACUGUUCGACGGCAAUUUCGUUAUACUAGGUUUGUCCGGAAAAUACGUAUAAAAGUUGAAUAAUAACUUUAUUUUACAAUUAUUCAGGUAUUACAAUGUGGUCUCCUUCAAAGUACUCGCCCUGAGACGCGAUACACUUCUGUCAACGCCAUUUACACUGUUGAUAAUAUUGCUGAAAGUCUUCAGUUGUGAUGUUGUUCAGUUGCCGUGUCGUUUCCGCCCUGAUGGCUUCCACAUCUCCCAAGUGCCGCCCUCGAAGCACCAUUUUGCAUUUCUGGAACAUGAAGAAGUCACAUGGGGCUAAAUCGGGUGAAUAAGACGGCUGGUCUGUCACGGUGAUUGAGCUUCGGGCCAAAAACUCGCGCACAAUGAGCGACGUGUGAGCGGGCGCAUUGUCGUGCUGAAGGAUCCACCUGCCCCCUUUUGCCAACUCCGGUCGAACUCGGGCCACACGAGCUCUGAGACGUGUCAGAACUUCAACGUAAAAAUUUCCGUUCACUCUCUGGCCGGGAGGGACAAAUUCCUUGUGAACAAUGCCCCUAGAAUCAAAGAAAACAAUGAACAUUGUCUUCACAUUGGACCUUGAUUUUCGCGACUUUUUUGUUCUCGGUUCUCCUGCUAGUUUCCAUUCCUUGCUUUGAGAUUUGAGCUCCACAUCGAAUUCGUCUCCAGUGAUGACUCCGUUGAGAAAGUCCCCUCGUUCCUCUGCUUCCAACCAAUCCUCACGGCACUGAACCCUCUUUGCUUUCUGUUCUGGCGUCAAGAGCUUCGGUACGUUUUUUGCACACAAUUUCUUCAUUUCAAGUUUUUGUGUCAGGAUUUCGUGAACGAUUGUUUUGGGGAUUGACAGCUCGUCAGCAAUCAUUCUGACUGUCAAUCUACGGUCAUUAAGAACACAAGCCCGAAUUCGUUCAACAUUUCCAUCGGAACUCGAUGUCGACGGGCGUCCUAGGCGAGGGUCAUCGUUCACUUCUUCUCGGCCGUCCCGUAACCUUUUUAAUCACUUGUUCACGGUUGGUUCCUUCAGAGAAUUGUCUCCGUAAACCUGUUUCAAACACUCAAAACUCUCAUGGCCAUUCUUGCCUAGCUUUGCAAGAAACUUGAUGUUGACUCGCUGUUCCUCAAUCAGAGAGAGUUGCAUGCCGACGGCAGGUGAAAAAGGGUAACUGUCAACAAGCUGCCGCACAAUCUCACCUUCUCGCAGAGUGCUCUGACUCGAACUGAGCGUUGAUGGGAUUGAUUAAAGCAGUAGUCCCACCUGGCGGUGACUGCAACUUGUAACAUAACGACAUUAUUCAACUUUUAUACGUAUUUUCCGGACAAACCUCGUAUGUAAUGCCAACGAAUGUAUAUGGUUAUAAAACUACGCCUCCGGAUAGCUGCAACACCAGUUACUCGACAGUGUCCUACGUUGGUAGUAGAAGUAACCGCCACACAUAUUUACAGAUGCACAAGCAUUUGUACCUAUUAUAGAAUGAAAAAUAAGUAUUAAAGUACUGUAUAAUUCUCUACUCGUUAUUACUCUUACUGUAUCGACAUUACUGUUCGACGGCAAUUUCGUUGUAUGUACUGCCAAUGAAUGUAUAUGGUUAUGAAACUACUAAUUUACAAGAUUCGAUAUACCAGGACAAAGACAUUAAGAGAACGAAGAUGUGUGAGUGAAUGUAUCUGGUCCAGAAUUUUGACUUUCUUUCCAGCGAACUGAUAUUUUGGCUUGAAUUAAAAUAUAAAUCUGCAGCACGAACUAUCUGUACUAAAGUGCCUGUGUCAAACUCCAAAAUUUCUCCAUAAGUUAGUGCUGUCAUAUGUAAAGAAAUGCUGCACUGUAGAAGUACAAGGUAAAAUUGUAAAAAGAUGUUACAGAAAAUAUUUGAUUUCAAAUCCACUUUUAUCUGUAGAUGAUACGUUGGAGGUGACCGUGGCUGAACAGUAAAAAAAGAUAACUACGAAAAAACUCUCAACCACUAAAUUUACGUGAUAUUAAAUUCAUUUCAGUGUUCACUCACAUUGCCAAUUCUAAAUUGAGACUAUUCUUCUUAAAAUGGUUGAAGUACAUUUAUGCAUAUGGAAACGCAUUACUGAUCGUUUGUUGUUUGGCUUUAUAGCCGUACUGUGAAGAGAAACUUCAAAUAAUAAAAGCUGGAAAUGAAAACAGAGAUUUUAUUCAUUCAGGAAAAGGCGCAGAAUAACUUUAUUACAACGCACUUACGCUGAAAUAAUGAGUUUUUGAAAUUUUAACUUGUGAUACUACGUACUGAAAUGUGAUAAUCUAUCAUAUUUCAUUGUAAUUUCUGAUUUCAGUGUAUUUUAGUGUAUUUUUCUUCUGAUGAAGGUAUAUUUAGAUAUACCGAAACCGUGGUCAAGAAUUUUAAUAAAUCAUUAUCCUGCAA